AAUAAACAAGCAAAACUGAUAUGACGUUUCCCUGUUUAAGUAAAUUUAAAGGAGAUCGUGAACUUGCUGGAUAUACCUAGAUCCAUUUUUGGUGCUAAAUAUCUUCAAUUGAGAAUGGUUCAGGAUACUAAUUCUGUCUGUCCACGCAUCUACAAUGCAUGUAGGCUGUGCAAAAUACGGGGCAAUCAGUUGAACAAAAUUAAUCAGCAAACAUCUGAAAAAAUAUAUGAGUGUACUACACUGAAGAUCAUCUCCACGCCACAGUGCAAGGCGUUUAUUUGUGAUAGCUGCAAGGCCAAAAUUGAAGAGCACUACCAAUUCAAGAUGCAAUGCAUCAGAAAUGUGAACUUACACCGUAUGAACACUGCAACGGGAACUGUCGGGGAAGUCGGUAGUAGCAGCAGUACUGACAGCGAAUCUAGUGGAUCGACCGACCUCGCUUCGAAUGCAAUUACGGAAUGUACUCCUGGGAGCAGCAAGGGUGAUUGAAGAUAUGAACACGUUACAAGGUGACACGACUCUAGCUCUGUUCGAACGAGUUUUAUAUUAUUCUGCCAAAGAAUAACGGUUCAAUUAGGAGUUCGAUGCAGUAGCUAGUUGUAUCGUCGUUCGUUUGGAAAGGAUUUCUUUAAGAAACUUUUUAAAAUUGUGAUAUAUUUUUCAGGGUUAGUCAGCAAAACGAGUGAAAUUUCUUGAUUUUCUAGUCCUAUCAAUCCUUGAGUAGACUAAUGUUUAGCUGACACCUCAACCAAAAAUGUACAUACGAAUAAUUUUGAUUUUCUGCGUUAUGAUUUUAUAGGCAUCUAUGUAUUUAAUCUAUGUUUUGUGAAAUAAAAUUUGU